CCUGCAGUCGACUUCAGUCCAUCCUCGCGUUGGCUGAUCGCGAAGCUUUACAUGUCCAUGUAAAGUUUGUGUUUAUCUGUGUGCGUGUACACAACUCGGUGUGUCUGCUACUGCUGCUACUGCCAGCCAGUGCCACAGCAUUCUGGUGCACAGUGGCCACAAUCUGUCGUGCAGUUGUGUAUACUGUGCCAACGAUCGUCAGUAUUUGACAAUUGUUUGCGCCUAUUUGUUUGGGGCGCCGAUGGAUACUUCACCGCUGUGAGAUCGCAUCGUUCAUCGUUUUAUUGUUAAUUUUUGUACUAGGUGAAAAUCUAGCAGCAAUCAUGUCAACCUCGGCGAUUUUCUUUUUGGAUGUCAAAGGCAAAGUCCUCAUAUCGAGGAACUAUCGAGGUGAUAUCGAAGCCGGUGUCAUUGAAAAGUUCAUGCCAUUAGUUAUGGAAAGAGAAGAGGAGGGCAAUCUCACUCCUAUAAUUCAAACUCCAGAGUGUACUUAUGCUUACAUUAAAUAUAAUAAUCUUUAUAUUGUUUCUACGACUAAGAAAAAUGCAAAUAUCUCGCUGGUAUUUGUAUUCCUACACAAAGUUGUCCAAGUCAUGCAGGAGUACUUCAAGGAAUUGGAAGAAGAAAGUAUUAGAGAUAACUUUGUAGUGAUUUACGAGCUGUUGGACGAAUUGCUUGAUUUUGGAUAUCCUCAGACUACAGAUAGCAAAAUUUUGCAAGAAUAUAUUACUCAAGAAGGACAUAAAUUAGAAAUUCAGCCUAGAAUUCCUAUGGCUGUUACUAAUGCUGUUUCUUGGCGAUCAGAAGGUAUUAAAUAUAGAAAGAACGAAGUAUUUUUAGAUGUUAUUGAAUCUGUCAACUUGUUGGCCAAUGCCAAUGGAAAUGUUUUAAGUUCUGAAAUUGUUGGUGCAAUUAAAAUGAGAGUGUACUUAUCAGGAAUGCCAGAGCUUCGUUUAGGUUUGAACGACAAAGUGCUUUUUGAAUCGACUGGACGUGGAAAAUCAAAGUCUGUUGAACUUGAAGAUGUUAAAUUUCACCAAUGCGUGAGACUUUCAAGAUUUGAGAAUGAUAGAACCAUAUCGUUCAUUCCUCCGGAUGGUGAAUUUGAACUUAUGUCUUAUCGCUUGAAUACUCAUGUCAAGCCUUUGAUUUGGAUUGAGUCAGUAAUAGAACGUCAUGCCCAUAGCAGAGUAGAAUACAUGAUUAAAGCUAGAUCUCAAUUCAAACGCCGUUCUACUGCCAACAAUGUUGAGAUAGUCAUACCCGUGCCAAAUGAUGCAGACUCUCCAAAAUUCAAGACUACAAUUGGAAGUGUUAAAUAUUCCCCAGAACAAAGUGCUAUUACUUGGUCUAUAAAAUCUUUCCCUGGAGGUAAAGAGUACCUUAUGAGAGCGCAUUUUGGUUUGCCUUCAGUUGUUGGCGAAGAUGUGGAGGGCAAACCCCCAAUCCAGGUGAAAUUCGAAAUCCCUUACUUCACGACUUCAGGUAUCCAAGUGAGAUACUUGAAAAUCAUUGAAAAGAGUGGAUAUCAAGCUUUGCCAUGGGUUAGAUACAUAACGCAGAAUGGUGACUACCAACUGAGGACAAACUGAAAAAA